CCAACGCCCCUCAAUCCCACGAUUACAACCAAGAUCUAUCCUUAAACAUACGUCAUACAUCAUGCCUGACAAGGACGCUGGUACCCCCCGUGUCUUCCUCUACCGACACGGAGAGACCGAAUGGUCCAAGAGCGGCCAAUACACCGGCAUCAGCGAGAUCGAGCUGACCGAGGACGGUGUCAAGCAGGUGCUGGCCUCGGGAAAGAUCCUCGUCGGGGCCGGCAAGUUGAUUGACCCGGCCAAGCUGGCGCGGGUGUUUGUCAGUCCGCGCCGGAGAGCCGUGCACACCUUUAACCUGGCAUUCAGUGAGGCCGAUAAGCAGGCUUUGAAGGAUGCUAACAAGGUGGAAGAGACGGAGAGACUGGCCGAGUGGGGGUACGGUCUGUACGAGGGGAUGCUGACCAAGGACAUCCGCGCCUUGCGUAAGGAACAUGGUCUUGAUACGGAGCGGCCGUGGGAUAUUUGGACUGAUGGUUGUGAGGAGGGAGAAUCCGCUCAAGAUGUGACAGACCGUCUUGAUAAUCUGAUUGCGGAGAUCCGGGCUCUUCACCAAGGUAACAUGCAUGGGGAGAAGCCUUCGGAUGUGGUCCUGUUUGCUCAUGGCCACACUCUGCGUGCGUUUACGAAGCGCUGGUUGGGUUACCCGAUGGACUUUCCGCUGUCCAUGAUGCUGGAGCCUGGUGCGGUCGGCGUUCUGAGCUACCAACAUCACAGCAUUGAUGAGCCCGCUUUCCUGGUGGGUUAUGGGUUUCCGUUGGAGAAAUGAGUGGGUCGUGCAUGACCCUGUGGGAGGCUCAAAUAGAUGAAUGUUUAUAUCUUAGGAAUUUAGAUAGGAUAGAUGAAAUGAUC